UACAUAAGCUGAAGUUGGGUGCAUGGUAGCAUAACACUAACAUAGCAUUACAUUUUACAUUAGCAGUAGCAGAGAAGCGAAAGUUACAAAACUAGAAAAAUAAAACAAAAAGGACAAGUGAGAAACUGAAGCACGGGUACGUCUUUGUCUUUUUGCAUCUACCAUUGGAGACGGUGCUUGUCUCUCUGUGUUGUUUCCAUUCACCUCUCUGAACUCACUACCAUAGUUAACCGUAAAAUAUAACGCCAUUGCCACUGCCAUUGUGGUCACCCAUUCCAUUCAACCUUUUUUUUUGUUGCUUCCUCCUUGUCUCUUCCAUAUACUCUAGUCUUGUCUCUUCAAUCAACGAGGUGUAUAUGUAUUCUUCAUCGUAACUCAGCUACUGUUUUUGAAGUUCUCCACUACUACUACAUAGUCCAUAGCUAAAGCACGCUGCUUUUUCUCAUUUUUUAUCUGCAUCGUGCAUGAUGUUGUUGUUCAGUCAUUUUCUUUUAUCUUUAUAAAGUUUUAAAUUUGUGAGUUGAGUCCAUUCACUACGGAAAGCUCAUGUGUAUGCUCCGUGUUUAAUGGAUCGCUAACUUGGAGCUGCAAAAACAUCCAGUGCCACAUGCUGGUUUCUUUAGAUGCGUGUACAUAAAUACUUCCACGAGGGAUUUUGCACAUGAUCGAGCUCGAUCUAUGAAGAGUUGCUUGGCAUUCAUUCAUUGCUCACUGAACUUGUCGCUCUCUGCUCUCCAAGGCAUUUACGGUGAUCGUGUAGUUCUCGCUAAAAUCUUAUUUGGAAAUAGAAAACAGACCACCACGUUAUGACCAACUUCAAGUUAGGCGUAGAUGUGGUUAGUGCUCACAAUCUAUUACCUAAAGAUGGACUAGGUUCAUCCAAUGCCUUUGUGGAACUUUAUUUUGAUGGCCAGAAGUAUCGUACGACCAUCAAAGAAAAGGAUCUUAACCCUGUUUGGAAUGAGAGCUUCUACUUUAACAUAUCUGACCCUUCUAAUCUUCACUAUCUCUCACUUGAGGUCUAUGUCCACAGUCAUUCAAAGGCUACUAACUCCAUUUCAUUUCUUGGCAAGGUUAGCCUUACUGGGACUUCUUUUGUCCCAUACUCUGAUGCAGUUGUCUUGCAUUAUCCAUUGGAAAAGCGUGGUAUUUUCUCUCGUGUAAGAGGAGAGAUUGGUCUUAAAGUUUACAUCACUGAUGACCCAACCAUAAAAUCAUCUGUUCCAACUCCUGUUGUUGAUUCCAUGCCAACCAAUAAUCUUAGCUCAACACAUGCAGAAGUUCGAGCACCUGCAAGCGCAAUGGCAAACAGUUUACCAAAUGAAAAGGUUGAGUCAAGGCACACAUUCCAUCAUCUUCCUAACGCAAACCACCACCAGCACCAGCACCAUCACCAGCAGCAUUCAACUGGCUUUGCUGAUGCUCAUUAUGUAACAAAGUAUGAAGCUGAUGAAAUGAAAUCUGAACCACGACCCAUGAAGCUAGUACGUACUGGUACAUCAGCACAACCAGUUGAUUUUGCACUUAAAGAAACUAGUCCAUAUCUGGGCGGGGGAAGAGUUGUUGGUGGUCGCGUUAUUCAUAAAGACAAAACAGCUAGUACGUAUGAUCUUGUAGAAAGGAUGUAUUUUCUGUAUGUCAGGGUUGUCAAGGCUCGUGAGCUUCCUGCUAUGGAUAUUACUGGGAGUCUUGAUCCAUUUGUUGAGGUGAGAAUUGGCAAUUACAAGGGCAUUACCAGACACUUUGAUAAGAAUCAGAGUCCAGAAUGGAACCAGGUGUUUGCCUUUUCAAAGGACCGGAUGCAAGCAUCCAUACUAGAUGUUGUGAUAAAGGACAGGGAUCUCAUCAAAGAUGAUUUUGUUGGCAUUGUGAGGUUUGACAUCAAUGAGGUUCCUUUGAGAGUCCCACCAGAUAGCCCUUUAGCUCCGGAGUGGUACCGUCUUGAGGACAAGAAAGGGGAGAAGAUUAAAGGUGAGUUGAUGCUUGCUGUCUGGAUUGGUACUCAAGCAGAUGAGGCUUUUUCAGAUGCAUGGCAUUCAGAUGCAGCCACACCUGUUGACAGCACACAUGCUAUCUCUGCAGUGAUGCGUUCAAAGGUGUAUCAUGCGCCAAGGUUAUGGUACGUGCGUGUCAAUAUUGUGGAGGCACAAGACUUGGUUCCUACAGAAAAAAAUCGUUUCCCAGAUGUGUAUGCCAAGGUGCAGAUAGGAAACCAAGUGCUGAAAACAAAGACAGUUCCGGCACGGACGCUGAGCGCACUCUGGAAUGAGGAUCUUUUAUUUGUUGCUGCUGAACCUUUUGAAGAUCAUUUAAUCAUUUCGGUUGAAGAUCGGGUUAGUCCUGGAAAAGAUGAAAUCAUUGGGAGGGUCAUCAUACCACUGAACUCUGUGGAGAGGCGUGCGGAUGAUAGAAUCAUUCAUUCUCGAUGGUUCAACUUGGAAAAGCCAGUUGCUAUAGAUGUUGAUCAGUUGAAGAAGGAAAAGUUCUCAAGCAGAAUUCAGCUCCGGUUAUGCCUAGAUGGAGGAUAUCAUGUUCUUGACGAGUCUACUCAUUAUAGCAGUGAUCUCCGUCCCACAGCAAAGCAAUUGUGGAAGCCACCAAUUGGGGUUUUAGAGCUUGGAGUACUGAAUGCUGUAGGACUCCACCCAAUGAAAACAAGGGAUGGUAGAGGCACAUCUGACACAUACUGUGUAGCAAAAUAUGGUCACAAAUGGGUCAGAACAAGGACCAUUGUUGACAAUCUGAGUCCAAAAUACAACGAGCAAUACACUUGGGAGGUUUUUGAUCAUGCCACAGUUCUUACAGUUGGUGUCUUCGACAACAGCCAGAUCGGGGAAAAGGGUAACGGUACUUCGAAGGACUUGAAAGUUGGGAAGGUCAGAAUUCGCAUCUCUACUUUAGAAACAGGCAGGAUUUACACUCACUCAUAUCCAUUGUUGGUUCUUCACCCAACUGGGGUUAAGAAGAUGGGUGAACUUCACUUGGCAAUACGGUUUUCAUGCACUUCUUUGGCAAACAUGCUUUACUUGUACUCAUGUCCACUGCUGCCUAAAAUGCACUACGUUAGGCCUUUCUCUGUGACACAGCUAGACAUGCUACGCCAUCAAGCAAUGAACAUAGUGGCAGCACGACUCGGCCGAGCAGAGCCACCACUUCGCAAGGAAGUGGUGGAAUAUAUGUCAGAUGUGGACUCUCACCUUUGGAGCAUGCGGCGAAGCAAGGCGAAUUUCUUCAGACUGAUGACUGUCUUCUCUGGUGUGUUCGCAGUUGGGAAGUGGUUCGGUGAUAUCUGCAUGUGGAGAAAUCCUAUCACAACAGUGCUGGUUCAUGUGCUGUUUCUCAUGCUUGUGUGCUUCCCAGAAUUGAUCUUGCCCACUGUUUUUCUCUACAUGUUUUUGAUUGGGGUGUGGAACUUCAGAUAUAGACCAAGGUACCCUCCUCACAUGAACACAAGAAUCUCACAAGCUGAGGCAGUGCACCCUGAUGAACUGGAUGAAGAGUUUGACACUUUCCCAACGAGCAGAAGCCCAGACCUUGUGAGAAUGAGGUAUGAUCGCUUGAGGAGUGUGGCUGGAAGGAUUCAAACAGUGAUUGGGGAUUUGGCCAGCCAGGGAGAAAGGAUUCAGGCACUGUUAAGCUGGAGAGACCCUCGUGCUACAUCCUUAUUUAUUACGUUGUGUCUUCUAUCUGCGUUGGUGCUCUACGUUACCCCUUUUCAAGCUGUGGCUGGUUUGGCAGGUUUCUACAUCAUGAGGCAUCCAAGGUUUCGCCACAGGCUGCCAUGUGUCCCAAUCAACUUUUUCCGACGCCUCCCCGCAAGAACAGACAGUAUGUUGUAGAGUUGCUGUAUACUGUAGUGCUAGUGUAAGUGAUGCUUCAAAUAAGUUUUUUUUUUUUUUUUUUUUUUCCUUUUUAUUGUUUUAUCUGCUAUUGCUGAAUAUGUUUUUAUCAUGUAACGCAAAACUUUCUGAUAUUUCCUUGCAAACUCAAGCUGGACAGGACUUCUGAUUUGUAUGUGGAUUGCUUUGAUGCAUGCAAAUCAAUAAGAAUUUAGUAGAAUUAUCUUUCUUCUA